AUGGCAGCUGCUCUUCUUCUUCUGUUGAAGUCCAUCUCGCUGUUCUUCUUCUCCGUCUCGUCCUCCCGUCAGCUGAGUGAGCGGCGUGUGGUGGCGUACGUACCCGGGGACCUGAUUAUCGGCGCGCUGUUCUCGGUUCACCACCAGCCAGCGGCGGAUCGCGCUCACGAGCGUAAAUGCGGCGCGGUGCGUGAACAGUACGGGAUCCAGCGCGUGGAGGCCAUGAUGCACACGCUGGAGCGGAUCAACGGCGACCCCGAUAUCCUCCCCAACGUCACGCUCGGCUGUGAGAUCCGCGACUCCUGCUGGCACUCGGCCGUGGCGCUGGAGCAGAGCAUCGAGUUCAUACGGGACUCUCUACUCGCCAUCGAAAACCCCACGUCCGCUCCCACUGAUCCCAUCUCUGAGGAUUCUGGACUCGGGGCUGGAGUGAAGUGUGGUGAAGGUUUGCCGCCUAAAGGAAAAAAGCCGAUCGUAGGUCUGAUCGGACCUGGUUCAAGUUCAGUGGCCAUUCAGGUCCAGAACCUGCUGCAGUUGUUCAACAUUCCUCAGAUCGCGUACUCGGCCACCAGCAUGGACCUGAGCGAUAAGUCUCUGUUUAAAUACUUCAUGAGGGUCGUACCGUCAGACGCGCAGCAGGCCAGAGCCAUGGUGGACAUCGUCAAACGCUACAACUGGAGCUACGUCUCUACCAUCCACACCGAGGGUAACUACGGUGAAAGCGGGAUGGCAGCGUUUAAGGAGAUGGCGCUGAAGGAGGGAAUCUGUAUCGCCCACUCUGAUAAGAUCUGGAGUAACGCGGGGGAGCAGAGCUUCGAUCGUCUGCUGGUGAAACUCCGUAUGCGUCUCCCGAAAGCUCGAGUGGUGGUGUGUUUCUGUGAGGGCAUGACUGUCCGCGGCAUCCUGAUGGCCAUGAGACGACAGAACCUGGCCGAGGAGUUCCUGCUGGUCGGCAGUGACGGCUGGGCCGACCGGUACGAUGUGACAGACGGUUACACGCGUGAGGCUGCCGGUGGAAUCACCAUAAAGCUGCGAUCUGCAGACGUCAAGUGGUUUGACGAUUAUUAUUUAAAAUUACGUCCGGACAAUAACCAGCGUAACCCGUGGUUCCCCGAGUUCUGGCAGCAUCGGUUCCAGUGCAGACUGAAGGGUCACGCUCAGGAGAACCCCAAAUACAACCGAACCUGCAGCAAGCGCGACUCCCUGCGGCAGCAGUACGCUCAGGACACUAAGAUGGGUUUUGUGAUAAAUGCCAUCUACAGCAUGGCGUACGGGCUUCAUAACAUGCAGAAAGCUCUGUGUCCUGGUACUGUGGGGCUUUGUGACGCCAUGCGGCCGAUCGACGGUGCCAAACUGCUGGAGUUCCUCAUGAAGACCAACUUCACCGGCGUCAGUGCGGAGAACAUCUACUUCGAUGAGAAUGGAGAUUCUCCGGGGAGCUACGUGAUCAUGAACUUUAAGAAGAUGGGGAAGGACUACUACGACUACACUAACGUGGGGAGUUGGGAUAACAGCGGCCUGCAGAUAGACGAUGAUGAAAUUUGGCCGAAUAAAGAAAGCGUCAUUAAAUCAGUGUGCAGUGAACCCUGUGAUAAAGGACAGAUCAAGGUGAUCCGUAAGGGCGAGGUGAGCUGUUGUUGGACCUGUACCCCCUGUAAGGAGAAUGAGUUUGUGUUUGAUGAGUACACGUGCAGAGCCUGUGAGCUUGGUUCAUGGCCCACCGAUGAUCUUACAGGUUGUGACCCAGUCCCGGUCGAGUAUCUCCGUUGGGGGGAUCCGGAGCCGAUCGCCGCGGUGGUUUUCGCCUGCCUCGGCCUGGUGGUGACGUUUUUCGUGGCCGCCGUGUUCGUGGUGUACCGUGACACUCCGGUGGUGAAGUCGUCGAGCCGCGAGCUCUGCUACGUCAUUCUGUUCGGGAUCGGUCUGGGUUACAUCUGCACCUUCUGCCUGAUUUAUAAGCCUCAGAUCAUUUCCUGCCUCCUGCAGCGUCUGGGCGUCGGCUUGGCCCCGGCGCUAAGCUACUCAGCUCUCGUGACCAAGACCAAUCGCAUCGCUCGGAUCCUGGCCGGCAGCAAGAAAAAGAUCUGCACCAAGAAACCGCGCUUGGUUAGUUCAUGCGCCCAGGUAACCAUCUCGUCCUUCCUCGUCCUGGUACAGCUGGGUAUCAUUGUGGCGCUGCUGGUGAUGGAACCGCCCGACGUGGUCUUCCAUUACCCGUCCAUCCGAGAGGUGAGAUUAAUCUGCAACACCAGCAACCUGGGCGUGGUGGCACCGCUAGGCUACAACGGUGUGCUAAUCCUCAGCUGUACCUUUUACGCCUUCAAGACGCGAAACGUGCCGGCGAACUUUAACGAGGCCAAACACGUGGCCUUCACCAUGUACACCACCUGCGUCAUCUGGCUGGCAUUUGUGCCCAUCUACUUCGGUUCCGACUAUAAAAUCGUGACGACGUGUUUCUCGGUGAGCCUCAGCGGCACGGUGGCACUCGGCUGCAUGUUCGCGCCGAAGGUUUACGUCAUCCUGGUGAAACCGGAGCGUAACGUACGGAGUGCGUUCACCACGACCACCGCCGUGCGCAUGCAUGUUGGUCUGGGUAAAAAGGUGCCGCCGCCCACCAGCAGCCUGGCUAACCUGUGGAGGAGAUGCCCGUCAUCCAAGGAAACGCUCAGCUCUAACGGUAAAUCAGUCACAUGGGCGCAGACAGAGCGUAAUUCCAAAGGUGGCCACCUGUGGCAGCGCUUUUCCUUUCACAUCAAAAAACGCGAGAACAACCAGACAGCGGUGAUUAAACCUUUUUCUAAAUCAUCGGAGGACAUCAAGCCUGAGAGCGCUAACGACAAAAUGCUUUACGAAGUCGCAGACGCCGAGGAGCGAUAUCCAAUCACGUAUCGACCCCAGACACCGUCACCCAUCAGCACGGCGAAUCAAAGAACAGGAGCCAUUUUUGCACAGAGCCAGGGUGCUGAUGAUGAGCAGCUCAUUAGCGUUAGCCACUACGUUAGCCAGCGCACGCACAGAGAAAGCACCUCGUGUGUGGGUGGGGCUGCUGGAGCUGGAGGUGGAGCUGCUGGGGUUGUGGGCGGAGUCACCAGCUCAUCACAGGGCUCAUUAAUGGAGCAGAUCAGCUGCGUGGUGAACCGCUUCACCGCUAACAUCAGUGAGCUGAACAGUAUGAUGCUUUCCAAUUCACCCCAGCUCUCCUCCAAAGUCCCGCCCCCUUACUUCCUGUCCAGAGACAUUUCUAUGCCGGCCACCAUGACUGCUUAUGCCGAAGUUCAGCCCCUUCCACCGGUGGAGUCGAACGGAACCUGUCCGUCCCCGUCCUGCCCUCUCACUGGCGCCUCAGGAAUCAAGGACGUGAUUGUGGGAGGGGCGGUACCGGAGUCUCUGCCAGCUACGGAUGAACUGGAUGAAAUUCCUGCACUGACGCCGCCAUCACCGUUCAGAGAUUCAGCAUCAGGAAGCAUCUCAAACUCUCCCACGUCUGGGUCGUCGCCCAAAUACGAGUGUCUGGUACUGCGGCAUUACAGCCAGAGCUCUUCAUCCUUAUAAUGACCCCGGGGCCCUCGAACCGAGACCAAGGGUGCAGAGAAUAAUUCAAGCUGAGAGGUUCGAGUCCUGAAAUCAGCAGGAUUGGUUCCAGCGUCUGAGUUCAUGUGUUUGAGUGGCUGUUGUUUAAAUGUGCUAGGGUUAGGGUUAGAGAACAGCUAGAGAAGCUCGUCCUGAAAAAAACCCUCGAGAUGGGAAAGGAGGACGAGGAUGGGCAAACAUCGCUUUAUAAUCGCGUCAGACAAAAACAUAAAACAA